CUCAGCUUCUCUGUGAAAACUCCUUUGUGAAGUUCUGGCUCUUCUUUUGCCUUGUAAUUUCCGACCACGGGAGCCCUUGUCCUGCUUUCUCUGUUCUACCCUGAAUCUGGACUUCUCCAUGCGGGACUGAAGGAGCGUGGAGCGGUUUGUGGAGGCAGACGGUCGGAAGCUUCUGAAAGAAAAGUUAAAUGUGUGUGGAUUGAUGGUGGGUCUCACAAGGAUCUUCAUAGGAAGGGCCUCAAGUUUUUCUUCUCUCCAGUGAAAGUAAAGGAAAAUAAAAAUCCUUGCACAGAAAGGAUGGAAUUUGCUAUGUGACAUGAACUGAGAGUAAAAGCACAGCCCAGCUACCCAGGAGUCUGUGAGCAAGGAGAGCCUCCAGAGUCAGGACAGAAAGAAGCCAGAAAAGAGUAGCAAUGGCAUCAGCAAUCAUAGCGAACCUACAGGAAGAGGUGACAUGCCCCAUCUGCCUGGAGCUUCUGAGAGAACCCCUAAGCCUAAACUGUGGCCACAGCUUCUGCCAAGCCUGUAUCACUGUGAACAAUAAGACAUCCAUGAUUAGCUCAGAAGGGGAGAGCACCUGCCCUAUGUGCCGCAUCAGCUACCAGCCUGACAACAUAAGGCCUAAUCGGCAUCUAGCUAACAUAGUGGAGAAACUCAGGGAGGUCAAAGUGAGCUUGAAGGAGGAGCAGAAGAGAGAUGUCUGUAACCGCCAUGGAGAGAAACUUCUGCUGUUCUGUAAGGAGGACGGGAAGGUUAUUUGCUGGCUUUGUGAGCGGUCUCAGGAACACCAUGGUCAUCACACAUUCCUUGUGGAGGAGGUUGCCCAGGAGAACCAGGCAAAACUCAAGACAGCCCUUGAAAGGCUGAGGAUGAUGCAGAAGGAAGCUGAGAAGUUGGGAGCUGACAUCAGAGAAGAGAGGGCUUCCUGGAAGGAUCAGAUACAGAGUGAGAGACAAAAUGUCCAAGCACAGUUUAGUCAGCUGAGAGAUAUUCUGGACAGUGAGGAGCAGAGCGAGCUACAAAAGCUGCAGCAAGACGAGGAGAAUGUUAUGUAUAACCUGAUAGAGGAUGAGAGUGAACUGGCCCAGAAGAGCCAGUUGGUGGAAGAGCUCAUCUCAGAUCUGGAGCGUCGAUUGCAGGCGUCCUCAGUAGAGAUGCUGCAGGAUGUGAAUAACAUUAUAAAAAGGAGUGAGAUCUGCACUGUGAAGAGGACAAAAACUAUUCCCAAGAAACAAAGUAGAGUUUUCCAAGCUCCAGAUCUGAAGGAGAUGCUGCAAGUGUUUAGAGAGCUGACAGAUGCCCGAUGCUACUGGGUGCACUUGAGACUGGAUCCAAUGAUGCCUAAUGCCGUGACCAUUUCUAAUGAUCAGAGACAAAUGAAAUUGGUGCCCGAUUGGAUAUGUAUCAGUCACUUGCCUACUACCGUUUACAGUAAUUAUGGUGUCCUGGGCUUCCCAUGUAUUACGGCAGGGAAACAUUACUGGGAAGUCGAUGUGUCUGACAAAACUGAUUGGAUCCUGGGGAUAUAUUUUAGAGAUUACGGCAUGCAUGCUACAUAUGCUAAUCAUAAAAAUUUUUAUUCUAGAUACAGCCCUCAGUGUGGCUACUGGGUUAUAUGGUUACAGAAUGGAUCUACAUAUAAUACUUUCGAGAAUUCAUCUUCGAAACAUGCUUUGAUCUUGACCCUCUCUCUGACUGUUCCUCCCCGUCGUGUUGGCAUUUUCCUAGACUGUGAUGCUGACUCUUUGUCUUUUUUUAAUGUCACAUACCACGGGUCUCUCAUCUACAAAUUCUCUAAGUGUGGCCUUCCUAAGCCUGCCUAUCCAUACUUCAGUUCUGUGAAAUGUACAUUACCCAUGUCCCUUUGUUUACCAAACUCUUGAACUGUCUUAUACGCUCAUCCAUUUUUGUGCAGUAGCCUUGCCCUGUGGUACCUCUUCUGAACCUCAGCUCAUCUGUACCACUCUGACUCUCUUUCUUGCCACUCUUCUUUCCUUUUAAACAUCAUUCACUCUUCAAUAGAAUAUACAAUUUUCCUUGUGUCUUAUUCUUUCCAAUGUUUUGUCUGCAUUAGGAAAUAAUGCAAAUUUAUCAUUUUCCACAUUCCCUAGGAAAAAUGACUGUUGUCAUUUGGGUAUCACAUCCACCCACUCUUCGUUCACUCAUUUCCUCUGCCACUGACCUAAGAAGAUGAGGCAAAGCUUUUCAAAUACUUCUGUAUUAUUAAAGACCAUGUAUGGGAGUCAUUAAGGAGCCCUGGUGGCACAGUGGUUAAAGUACUUGGCUGCUAACCAAAAGGUCGACGUUUCAAAUCCACCAGCAGCUUCACAUGAGAGAGAUGUGGCAGUUUUCUUCUGUAAAAACUGCAGCCUUGAAAACCCUAUGGGGCAGUUCUACUCUGUUUCAUGGGGUUGCUGUGAGUCAGAAUCGACUUGAUGGGAACAGAGUAUCGUAGUCAUUCACUAAAGAAUGAGUCUACAGGAUUCUGUCAGUUUACCCAUGAUAUCCAUAUUCAUAAAGGAGUUAAGGAAAAAGACCACAAAUAAUAUAUGUAUCAAGAGUAGAGGUUUUGUGUCCAGACUGUCUGAGUUCAAAUCCUGUCUCUCCAUUCAGUAGCGGUGUAACCUUGAAUACGUUACCAAGUGACUGUGUUUAUUUUCUCAAAAUAGUUUUGGUAUAAAGCUGCACCUAAUACUUAAUAUCAUUGUGAAAAAAUAAAUAUCAUUAAAUGUAAAGCACUUAUAUAAGUUUAUCCACUUUCAAUAAAGUUUUGCUCUACUUAUUACUAAAAAAUAUAUGCUGUGUCAACAACAACGUCCCAUGGAACAGGUUUGUGUCUUCAGGGAAACCAUAGCUGGUUCUUCUGAAAAUGUAUUUUUCACGUCCCUGACACUACUGCCAAGACUAAGCCAGCCCUGCUUUUAAUUGACUGCUAUGGUAGUUCCUAGGAAUGAAGAAAAGCCUGUUCUCUUCUUUCAGUGAGACAGGUGAGGAAUUGUUUCUGCAGUGGAUGUUCACGCAUGGCUUCGUGGUAUCCCCAUGUCUUUUGGCAUUUUUAUUUGAAUUCUUUCCCAAAUGAAUUAUCAACCAGGAAAAAUGUAAAUAAUGGACUGCUUAGCCAAGUAAUUCUAAUCUGGUCCCUGCUUGGCUACAGGAAUUCUCAACUUGCCUACCUAUGUGUGACCUCGGAAACCCUUUGGGGUUUCAGGAAAGAAGGAAUUCCACGUUGGAUAUUUCCAGUCUCUUUCUGUGUGUAUAGACAUACUCCUAUAUCAGCACUCAUCCAAGGAAACCAGGGGAAAUUGAUUCCUGUACAUUUUCCCUUUAGCCCCUGCAUUCUGGCCCCUGCAUUACUACAUUGACUGAGACACUCAUUCACUAGGAACAAUCUCUGCUCCCUUGAAUUAUUGACAAGAUUUCUCCAGGGAUAUUCAUAUCUUUUCAUUCACUUGAAUGCCCAGUUCCCACCUAAGGAUGAAAAGCUGGUUACAAGGAUGUAAAAACCUGAAUGUGUAUGCAUGUAUAUAUAGGUUACAUAUACAACAGAAGAGAUCUGCACACUGAGGGGCAUCCUAUUUUUAGUAGUAUCUCCUGGCCCAAGAAAUGAAGCUCUCUGCUGAAAAGAAUAUGAAGCCUGUAAGUUGGUUUCAGUUAUAAUCCCUCUUCACAGAGGUGAGAGAAAGCGUCCUGGACUCAAAAGUCCAGUGUGUACCAUAUGUAGGUUUGCUCUCCACCCAGGUAUCAGUGCUAGAGGUUUCUCCUCCCCCAUCCUUGUAAGCUCUCAGUGGCAAUUACAUCAUUUUGUAUUCCUGAGCAAAAAUGAGGGAGACCCUCAGUGAGAUGGAUUGACGCAAUUGCCGUAACAAUAGGCUAAAACAUACCAUCGAUCAUGAAGACAGCACAGGACCGGAUAGUGUUUCACUCUGUUAUACAUAAGGUUGCCAUGAGUUGAACUGACUUGAUGACAACUAACAAGAACACAAGGACUGAUGAGGCAUUAAUUAGGCAGGUGUGUGUCCACAGUAGGAUGCUUGCGUGAGCUCAGGAGAAUCCCAGGUGAUAAGGAGUCUUCAGCCUGCAGGAUCAUCCAUGGACAAUGUACAGGCAGAGGUUCUUAGAGUCAUCAUCAGGAGCGUCUUAAUCUGGGGACCUGAGAUCCUCAUUGAAUAGUGACACAGAUCUACAUGGGUUUGGGAUUCCAGUGACCUUUCAUUUUGCCUGUGGACAACUGGGCAAUCUCUUGAUCCUGACUCCUAUUUUCUCCUUGUUGUCUAACCUCAGAUCUUUUGUAUCUCAGUACCCACAACGCCUCCUCACCGCCACUGUUCCUGUCCUGAUCUAUGCACCCUCUGAGUCCAGAUGACUCAUCUAGUCCCCCUGGGGUGGGAAGUGCAGCAUAAUUUUUCUGCUCAGUGUUGGUUUUCCACUGAGGGCUACUGGUACACAGUGGUUAAAGCCCUUCACUGCUAACUGAAAGGAUGGCUGUUCCAACCCACCAGCCGCUCUGUGGAAGAAUAUAUGGCAGUCUGCUUCUAUAAAGAUUUACAGCUUUUGGGGAAGUUCUUUGUCCUAUAGGGUUGCUAUGAGUCAGAAUUGACUUGAAGGCAAUGGGUUUGGUUUGGUAAGUGCUUUCAGUUGGUCCAGAGAAUAUUGGCGACAUAAUAACAAAACUCGUUGUCUUCAGGUUAUGGGGGGAAAACACCCUCAUAGUAGAUACAUAUGUUAUCUUUUCAUCAAAGAUGCUAUUAUACCAAAUGGUCAUUGUUAAUAAAACUCAUACAAUUUAGAAUAUUUAUAUUUACCAUGGGAUAAGACUGCAUUUUUGGAGUUUAGUAUGUUGUAAAAUAAAGCUAGAGUAAACAGAUGCUUUAAUAGUUGGCAUCUGUGCCCUUACGUUUUCAGAGUCCUCGUGUCUUGCUGCUCAUUAAACAGUUGAAGCUGCUUGACACUGCUGAGUUAGAAAAAUCUUAGUCUACACUAACAGAUGGGCUGGGGCUUCAUCGAUGAGGCUUGGAAUCCGAAAGUCUCCAGGCUGUGUUGGAUUAUUUGGCCCUUUUAGUAGUUUCUCCACUUCCCUGAGCC